AUGGGAUUUACGACGGAAAUUAAAAGGUUAAAAGAUGCUAUUGCUAAUGGACGAAAAAAUGGUUGUAGCUAUAAACUGUAUGGAAAAAGAAUUUGUGCCAGAGUAAUUGGAGAGUGGAGGACAUUCUUUGAUAAUUUCGGGACUCACAUAAUCACCAGAAUUGUCUUGGGUGGUAAAAUGCGAAUGUCCAAAUUACUCGAUUCAACUAAAGAUGCAAAACAGUCUAAGCUAGAUGCUGGAAUCAAGGCAGACUUCGACUCCAAAAAUGUCAAGGUAAAGGCUGAAGCGAAUUUGGGCAAGAAUCAGAGUCUUGAAAAUAAUAAUAAUUCAAGAGGAAACGAGUUUACGCUGGAAGGAGGAAACAUGACAGAUACAAGCCAUUUAAAAUUGGAUGUUUGGUCUAAAAGCCUCAAGGAGGCUCCUAUACCUAUAAAGGUUGUUUUAACAUCUUAUGUCCAGUUUUUUGAAAAUCUUGAACUGGGAAAAGAGUAUAUUCAAGCAAUGAAUAUUUUAGUCGUUAAAAGCGAUAAACGUAGGAAUUUGAGGACGUGA